UCACAGAAUCUGGUGUAGCACCGGAAUUAAUAUGACUAAACCCGGAACUGAGUAAGGGAAUCGUUUUCUGGCAACCCUGUUUCCAACAGAAAGUAAUGGUAAUAGAUGGUAAACGACGAGGCGCAGCGCAUGAACAAGAAACUGGAAUAAGAAAUAUUUUGUUGAGGUUUUCUGGUUAAAGCUGGUCAGGAGGUGUGUAGCUCAUGAGGCUCUCACUAUGGCGAAUAAACGUGUUUUCUCUGAGGAAGACUUCACGUGUCCUGUAUGCUGUGAUGUGUUUAAGGAGCCCGUGCUCCUGUCGUGCGGUCACAGCGCGUGCAGAAGCUGCGUUCACCGCUACUGGGACACCAAAGGCUACAGAGAGUGUCCUCUUUGUAGGAAGCGAUCCACGAUAGGCCCUAUUGCCAACCUGGCUCUGAAAAACCUGUGUCAGACCUUCCUGGAGGUCCGAGGAGAUCCCGAGACACUCUGCGACAUCCACGCGGAGAAGCUGAAGCUCUUCUGUGUGAAUGACGGACACGCUGCGUGCUUAAUAUGUAGAGAUUCUAGCAAACACCUGCAGCACCGGUUUAUCCCUGUCGACGAAGCAGCUUCUGAACAAAAAGAAAUUCUUAAAAGUGCAGUGAAUACACUGACACUGAAAAAGAAGAGCCUUCAGGGGGCCAAGGUUAACUUUCAUCUGAAUGUAAAUCACAUCCAGCAACAGGCUCAGUACAUGAAGACGCAGAUUAACGAGGAGUUUACGAAGCUUGCGCAUUUUUUGCAAGAGGAAAAAGCAGCCAUGAUGACUAAACUGGAUGUAGAAGUGAAGCACAAAACUGAGACUCUAAAAACCAAAUUAGAAAAAAUUCAACAAGAGAUAUUGUCUCUGUCCAAAUCUAUUGAAGCAUUAAAAGUGCAAUUACAUUCUGAAGACAUCAGAUUUCUGAAGAAUUUUGAGAAAAAUCUGGCAAAAGCUCAGUACAACGAUUUAGAUGUAAAUAUUUCUUCAUUCGAAGUGAUCAGUGUUGCAAAGUACCUGGGCAAUUUGCAGUUUCAAGUCUGGAACAAAAUGCAGAGCUUCAUCAAAUACACUCCUGUUGUCUUGGACCCAAACACAGCUCACUCGCAGCUCAUCCUGUCCCCGGAUCUGACCAGUGUGAGAGACAUUGAUGAUGACCAUGAAGACCAGGCUGAUAUGAAAAACAGACCACCAGUAAUGGACACUCCCGAGAGGUUUAAGAGUUUGUGUGUGCUGGGCUCCGAGGGCUUCUCUUCGGGGCUGCACUGCUGGGACGUUGAGGUGGGAAACAGCACCUUCUGGAUGAUUGGAGUAACCACGGAGUCUGGACAGAGAAAAGAAUGCAAUGUUUUUCCCACCGGAGCUUGGGGUAUUGGGUAUGAUGACCAAAAGCUGUGUGCUCGGUCCCCUUUAGAAGUAUAUACUCCUCUGUCCUUGGCUGCCAAACUUGAGACCAUCAGAAUCCGUCUGGACAUGGAUUUAGGGGAGGUGUGGUUCCUAGAUCCUUCCAGCGAUGCCGUUAUCCACAUGUUUUCGCACCACUUCACAGAGAAGGUCUUUCCAAUCUUCCACAGCAUGUGCAGUUUCUCUCCACUGAAGAUCAGGCCUCUCCAGCCUUUUGUGGUGCUGAGAAAGCUGCCUUAGUGUUCUUAAUACAUUUUUGGAACAAAAGUAUUGAGACACCUGAAUGUCCAGCCAUAUGUGGUCCCUUCCCAAACUGUUACCACAGAGUUCAUUGGAGUGCAUUAAAUUUGACUUUCAAUUUGACUUGAAUUAGGAGACCCAAAUUUUUUCCAGCAUGACAAUGUCUCUGUGCAUAAAGCCAGCUCAAUAAAGAUAUACUUUAAAUGGG